AUGGAUUUUGAUAAUCGUAUAAAAGCUUAUAAAUUUGUCUCCUAUGCAGCGGUAACAUUUUCUACUGUUGCUGUAUUAUCAGUUUGUGUAACGUUACCAAUGGUAUACAAUUAUGUCUAUAAUGCUCGACGACAAAUGCGAUCUGAGAUUAAUUAUUGCAAGGGAUCAGCAAAAGAUAUCUGGAUGGAAGUAGGUCAUUUGAAGCAAAUGCCGAGGAAUCGUACUACCAGGCAAGCAGGAUAUAGUGCAGGUGUAGACUCUGACGAUGGAGCUACUCAGCAAACUUCUAGUUGCGAAGGUUGCUGUUUACCCGGUCCACCAGGUCCAAAAGGAACACCAGGUAGACCUGGAAAACCUGGAAGACCCGGUGUGCCAGGAAUACCCGGAAAUCCAGGAAGACCGCCAAGUCUACCGUGUGAACCAGUUACACCACCACCAUGUCAGCCGUGUCCACCUGGUCCACCCGGGCCACCUGGGCCACAGGGACCACCUGGCGAUGCAGGACCAGACGGGCUACCAGGACAAGGAGGUGCAGCCGGAGCACCAGGUCCAGAAGGGCCGAAGGGACCGCCAGGACCUCCUGGAGAACCAGGGCCACAAGGACCGCCUGGUCCACCAGGAGAGGAUGCACCAAGCGAAGAUAUCAUCCCAGGUGAACCUGGACCACCAGGCGAUAUAGGACCACCUGGGCCACCAGGUCCACCGGGACAACCAGGUGCCGAUGGACCACCAGGACCACCGGGACCAAAAGGACCGCCUGGGCCGCAAGGAGAGCCCGGUCCCGAUGGUCAACCUGGAACACCAGGAGAACCUGGACAACCUGGUGCACCUGGUGAAAAAGGUAUCUGUCCGAAAUACUGUGCCAUCGAUGGUGGUGUCUUUUUCGAGGAUGGUACUCGACGAUAA